GGGGCGCCGCGGAAGGAUCGCACGCACGAGCGCGCGCACGCCCGCCCCGCCGUGGCCGCGGAGAACUGAAAGGUGCCGCGGUGAGGAGCAGACGCCGAUAGCACCGUCGCCGCUAGCACAGCCGUUCCGCAGCCUCCCGCUGGUGGUUAGCCCCGCGGCUGCGGGCGGGCAGGCAGGCCGGGCGCCCUCGGCGGCUUGUCCCUCAUCACCGUCCCCGCGUCCUCCCUCCGCAGCUCCUCGGGGAGGGGGGCGGUCGGUGCCUGCGCAGAGCCGCCUCCUCCCCGCCCCCGCCCCGCCUCCCCCCGCGCCGCCGCCGCCCGCGCGCCGCCGCGCUGCGCCUGCUGCUCCUCGCCGUCCCCGCUGCAGUGCGAAGGGCUCGAAGAUGGCCGGUUGGCAGAGCUACGUGGAUAACCUGAUGUGCGAUGGCUGCUGCCAGGAGGCCGCCAUUGUCGGCUAUUGCGACGCCAAAUACGUCUGGGCAGCCACGGCCGGGGGCGUCUUCCAGAGCAUUACGCCAGUAGAAAUAGAUAUGAUUGUAGGAAAAGACCGGGAAGGUUUCUUUACCAACGGUUUGACUCUUGGCGCAAAGAAGUGCUCCGUGAUCAGAGAUAGCCUAUAUGUCGAUGGUGACUGCACAAUGGACAUCCGGACAAAGAGUCAAGGUGGGGAGCCAACAUACAACGUUGCUGUCGGCAGAGCUGGUAGAGGUAUUUCUGAAGGCAAAAUAUCAAGAUAAAUUCAUCUCUGGGGCCACUAGGAAUCAGGAUGUUACAACACCCUUCGAGAGCCAACUUCAAGAAACUCAAAUUUAUAUAUGUCCUUAAAUACUUGUGUGUUCUAAUCCAGUAAUUAUUUUUUCCCCCCUCAUAUAAAAGAAAUCAAAAAACUUGAGCAGCCUCAGGUACCCUUGGGAUAUAAAGUGUACGAGGCACUGGGCCUACAUUAUUUUUGCAUGUAGCAGAAUUACCUCUAGAUACUUCUGCCUGUUGACUAGAUUGGCUAGUAUUUAAUACCACUCUCAAUGCAGCAAAAGCGACUGUAAAAAAAAUCAUACAUAAAAUUUCCUUCUAAAGCAUAUAACUGAUAAGAAAACACUAAGAUCCCAAUAGAAAUGUGAGCAAAGGACAAGACCAGUUACAAAAGCAGAAAUAUAAAUAGGUAAUUUAACUUGUUAAGGUAGAAUAUGAUAAAAUGAGUAUUCUCAUAUUUCAGUAGACCUGAAACUUUAGGAAAGUUUUAUCUCAAAUACAUUUUUCUCUUUGACACAGUAAAUUGAGGAGAAGGGUAAGUGCAGGUGAGGGUAAGGAGAGGACUAGAAAAGAGGAAUGGGAAGGAUUAAAGCCUGGAGGCAAUUUAUUACGAAAUGGUAGUGACUGAAGUGUAGUAUUUAUUAGUGUUUGAAGUCAAGAAUUUGCAUUGCAGCCCUGACACUUAUGUUCACCCAAUUAUGCACUCUCAGGUAAUCUACUUAAUCUUUUUGAGUCUCAUUUUCUUUAUAAAUGGUCACGAUAGUACUUUUCUUAAUUGUGCUGUUCUGAGAACUAAAUGAGAUCAUGCAUGCAAUGUACAUGGGUUUGCCUUUUUUUUCUUAUAUAAUAGGUGUGAUACAUACUCACAAGAUCUAAAAUGGAAAAUUAUCAGAUUUUUAUUGGGUAUAAUGCCCAUCCCAAUCCAGUUUAAUCCCAAUUAACUCAUUUGGUAUAAAUUACACUGACUUCUUCAGUUAGAAGUUAAUGGACUGAAGACAUGGUUCUCUGUGGUAAUCACAGCUACAGGCAAAUGAUAAAGGUCAAGAGUACUAAGAUACAAACCAGCCCUCUCAAUCCCCUUCAGUCCACCUCAGAGCUACAAGGCAGCAGACCUUGGGAUCUCUAUUUCUAAACAUGAAAUAGUAAGAUACUUCACCACCUUUAGGCAACUCAGGAAUGCACUGAUUUCUCAGAAGCCAUAGUCACAACAGUAACUCCUACCCAACUUGGAACGUCAUUAUAUUACUGCUUUGUAGCCAUGUGUAAAGUGCUUCUUUCGAGAAACUGAGAAACAGUCCCUUUUCUGAUUUUCUUAAGAGUAAAAUCAGACCAGUCUCCCUUGAAUUGUUGAACACAGAACAAAUAUCAACUAGCAUUGGCUAUAGAUCCUUAGCCUUAUGAAGAGAUGAAGCUAUGUCUUUUACUCACCAUCAUAUCCCUAGUGUUUGGUAUAGUGGCUGGUAUAGAGUGGGCUCCCAAUAAAUACAUGCUGAAUAACAGAUACCACAAAGUCUUUGUUCAUUCAAGGAAGCAUCUACCUCUCACCCUGGAACAUACCACAUGGACUCUCCCUGCUUCACUGUCAACCCCUAGUCUGUUCUCCAUUCACCAGCAUGAGGGAUCCUUUUCCACAGUAAUUUGAGCAUGUCAUUCUUUUUUUUUUUUUUAAAGAUUUUAUUUACUUAU